UCCUCUCAUCAGUCCAACCCUAACCAACCCCAGACAUCACCAUGUCCGGCUCCUGCUGUGGCUCCACCUGCUCCUCCUCAGGCUGUGGGGGAGGCUGCUGCCAGCCCUGCUGCCAGCCCUGCUGCUGCCGCGACCCCUGCUGCUGCCGCCCUGUGUCCUGCCAGACCACCGUGUGCCGCCCCGUGACCUGCACCUGCCGCUGCACGCGCCCCAUCUGUGAGCCCUGCCGCCGCCCCGUCUGCUGUGACCCCUGUGGCGUGCAGGAGGGCUGCUGCCGCCCCAUCAGCUGCUGCCCCACGUCCUGCACGGCCGUGGUCUGCCGCCCCUGCUGCUGGGCCUCCACCUGCUGCCAGCCCAUCUCUGUGCAGGCACCCUGCUGCCGCCCUCCCUGCUGCCAGCCUGCUCCCUGCCGCACCACCUGUAGGACCUCCCCCUGCUGCUGAGAAGUGUACUGACCAUCUAGAACAAGCAAUCAACCUUCUGAAAAAAAAAAAAAAGCCAUAUUCUCAUCUCUACCUACCAAACCUCCUGCCCUGAACCAUCAAAAUCCAAGCCAACCAGAGGAUGAAUGGAAAUCCAGGCUCAUCUCUUAAGACUUGGACUGUUCUCAAGUCUUUGUAACAGUAUCAACUCCCUUCUUCCCACUGUAGAUCUUGGGUCUUGUGGCAUGCUUGUUUUCUAAUAAACUUCUC